GCAAAACAAAGCACUAUAAAACCUCCAUCAUCCACGUACCUCACGGUAUUCAAUCAAGCAUCUCAUCUUUCUUCUCCCUAUCUCAAUUCAGUGAUUAAUCGUUAGCUAUCCAACCAUCGCAAUGAGCGAGAAGGCGACCUACACCCACGGGCACCACGCGUCUGUCCUCCGCAGUCACGGCCAACGCACAGCCCUAAAUUCCGCACGGUUUCUGCUCCCCUACUUGAAGCCGCACAUGAAGAUCCUCGAUAUCGGCUGUGGUCCGGGCACCAUCACGAUUGACCUGGCUACCUACGUGCCCGAGGGUCACGUCACGGGUCUUGACAUGGUCGGCGACAUCCUGCCUGGCGCGCGCGAACGUGCCACUGCUCGCGAGAUCACCAACAUCGACUUUACGACCGGUGACGCCAACGCCCUUGCUUACGCGGACGAAACGUUUGAUGUCGUCUUCUGCCAUCAGGUGCUCCAACACGUCGGCGAUCCUGUAGCUGUGCUGUCGGAGAUGCGCCGUGUGUGCAAGGUCGGCGGGAUCGUUGCCGCUCGUGAAGCAGACUACGCGGUCUUCAUGUGGUACCCCGAGCUUCCUGGACUCAGACGCUGGCAGGAGGUGUAUGAUCAAGUCGCGAGAACGAAUGGGGGCGAGCCGAAUGCGGGCCGCUUUUUGCAUGUCUGGGCCAGGAAGGCCGGCUUCAAGGAGGUGGAAUGCAGCGUUAGCUCCUGGUGUUUUGCAAAACCGGAUGAGGUCAAGUGGUGGAGUGAGACGUGGCAGGAACGAGCAGUCAAGUCAGCUUUUGCCAAGGGGGCAACUGAGAAUGGGUUUGCCACGCCAGAGGAGCUGGAAGGAAUUGCUACGGUUUGGCGCGAAUGGGGUGAGGAUGUGGAUGCGUGGAUCUCUAUACCGAGCGCGGAGGUCGUAUGUCGGAGGUAG